AUGCUCGGGGUGGAGCUGCACAAGGUCAGAGCACUCCUGCCGCUGCGUCCCCGCUGGGCCCCGCCCCACCGUGUCCCACGCCACUACGGGCCAGCUCAGCCGUGCCAGCCGCCCGCCCACUGCUCUCGGUCAGAGAUCCCGCGGCCGCCCCCUACGCAGCCGUGCCCCUUCUCAGCACGGCCCGCGGCGGCAGGUCUCAGGCGCGGGCCGGGCCGGGGCGGUUCUGCGGGGCGGGGCAGGGCUGCGCAGGGGGCGGGGGCGCCCCAUCUGCCGCCUUUCCGUGGCGAAAGGGGCCCUUGGGCGCGCGAGCGUUUCCGGGGCAGCGUCUUCACCGUCAUGCUCGGCGUCUGCGUCGUGAUCGCCAUCAUCAUGACAACGCUCCGCGCCUUCACCUGCGACGACCUCUUCCGAUUCAACAACAUCAAUCUGGACCCGCUGACCGAGACCUACGGGAUUCCCUUCUACUUGCAGUACCUCGCCCACUGGCCCGAGUAUUUCAUCGUCGCCGAGGCUCCCGGCGGGGAGCUGAUGGGUUACAUCAUGGGCAAAGCCGAAGGCUCUGUGGCUAGGGAAGAAUGGCAUGGACACGUUACUGCUCUCUCUGUUGCACCAGAAUUUCGACGGCUGGGUUUGGCUGCUAAAUUAAUGGAGCUCCUGGAAGAAAUUUCAGAAAAAAAGGGUGGAUUUUUUGUCGAUCUCUUUGUGAGAGUAUCAAAUCAGGUUGCUGUAAAUAUGUAUAAGCAACUAGGCUACAGUGUGUACCGGACAGUCUUAGAGUACUACUCAGCUAGUAGUGGGGAGCCAGAUGAAGAUGCUUAUGAUAUGAGAAAAGCUCUUUCCAGAGAUACAGAGAAGAAAUCAGUUAUACCUCUGCCUCAUCCUGUGAGACCAGAAGACAUUGAGUAACUUUAAGCUGUGGUUCUCAUGCAAUUUACCAAGGGUCAGGUUCCAUCUUCUAUAACCCCCAACAACUUAUGCAUAAGAAGUUUUAGGCCAAAUGUUUUUCCCAUAAAAUACUUAAAAGCAAUGUUGAGAAGCUGACUAACACUGCUUCUUUUGGUAAUGCCUCUAUACUGCCGCACUUACUCAAUUUUUCCUUUCACAUGUUGGAGAGUUGGAGACUAUUAAAAUGGAAUUACUUCCUGUA